AAAUCCACCCCCCUCAUUUUUCUCUUCAAAGUAAUGAGCACCUUCUCAUGAAUAUUCCCCUCCUCUCCUGCUACUCUUCUCUUCCCCUAUUUAUAGAGACCCCAACAUGACCCAGAUCUGUAGCUGUGUGGACUUGUGCAAAUACAAACUAGAAACAGAAGAGGAGGGGAAGAGAGAAGAUGGGUGGAAGCAGCAGAAGAGCUCAUCCUACUACCCAUGUGGGUCUACUACUUCUUGUGGUUUUCGCGGCGGCGCUCGCGGUGACGACGCUGACGUGCGUUGACGCGGGUGUCACGAGCGCCUACAGGCGGCAGCUGCUGGCUUCCGUCGACAUGCCGCUCGACAGCAACGUCUUCCGCGUGCCACCUGGCCGCAAUGCCCCUCAACAGGUUCACAUAACUCAAGGUGAUCUUGAGGGCUCGGCCGUGAUCGUAUCAUGGACUACUGCCGACGAGCCAGGAUCUAGCAAGGUGCUCUAUGGAACCUCAAAGGACAAGCUCAACAAAUCCGCCAAGGGCAGCUACACUCGCUAUCAAUUCUACAACUACACCUCGGGAUACAUUCAUCACUGUGUCCUCAAGGAUUUGAUGUAUGAUACAACUUACUACUAUACCGUCGGAGUCGGGCAAACAGAAAGGCAGUUCUGGUUCAAAAGUCCACCUAAAGUCGGUCCCGAUGUUCCGUAUACUUUUGGCCUCAUUGGUGAUCUUGGGCAAACUUAUGAUUCAAACAUUACGCUCUCACACUACGACUCCAAUUCGAACUCUGGGGCGUUGCUUUUUGUGGGUGACCUCAGUUAUGCCGAUGACUACCCGUUUCAUGACAAUGUGAGAUGGGAUACCUGGAGCCGGUUUAUUGAGAGAAGCGCCGCCUACCAGCCUUGGAUUUGGACAGUCGGAAACCAUGAGAUCGAUUUUGCUCCUGAAAUUGGUGAAACUGAGCCAUUCAAACCAUUCCUACACAGGUUUCCGACCCCCUACAAGGCUUCGAACAGCACGGCUCCUUUCUGGUAUUCGAUCAAGCGAGCCUCCGCCCACAUCAUCGUCCUUGCAUCAUACUCUGCAUACGGUAAGUACACUCCGCAGUACCAAUGGCUUCAGACUGAGCUCGCCAAAGUGAACAGAACUGUGACCCCGUGGUUGAUCGUUCUCAUGCACUCGCCGUGGUAUAACAGCUACAACUACCACUAUAUGGAGGGCGAAACCAUGAGGGUACAAUUUGAAUCAUGGUUUGUGCAAUACAAAGUCGACGUGGUCUUUGCUGGCCAUGUUCAUGCCUACGAACGCAGUCAUAGGAUAUCAAAUAUCGCAUACAACAUCACGAAUGCGAAAUGCACCCCGGUCUCUGAUCAAUCAGCUCCGGUCUACAUUACAAUCGGCGAUGGCGGAAACAUCGAAGGGCUUGCCAACAACAUGACGGAGCCGCAGCCUAGCUACUCAGCUUUCAGGGAGGCCAGCUUCGGCCAUGCCAUAUUCGAGAUCAAGAACAAGACGCACGCCUACUACAGUUGGCACCGCAACCAGGACGGGAACGCCGUGGCUGCCGAUACUAUGUGGUUCACCAACAGAUACUGGAACCCAACUGACGACUCCAAGUGAUAAUCCUUCAUAUGUUCUUUGAUCUUUGAUUUGCUUUUGAAAUAAACAUAAGCCUCUGUUUUUUGAGGCAGGUGAGGUUAUUUUCUUACAUCUCAGUGUUGGAUGCUUUUCUCUCUUUUAUAAAUUUUCUUCUUUUUAGGGGAGGGAUUUGAUUGGGUUUGUUGUUAUUGAAUUCAUGAGGAUUGUUGGGUGUAAUUGAUGAUAGAGUUUACAUGUUCUUUGUGUGCUAUGAUCAUAUUGAACAAACCAUUUUCUCAUAAUAGGAAAUACCACUAAUGAGCUUAUUUAUAA